AUGAGCAUAUUAGUAAAGAUGAGUUAUUUGUUGAAUUAUUAGGUGAAGAACUUGUAGAUUAGCAUGCAUUUUUGCUUGGGUUUGCAUAUUGGUUGCUACCAGAAGCAGUACCAUUACAUAAAGCACAGUCAGAGUCAGUCCACAAAGAUGUAGAAGGCCUACUAGCCCCACAACUUGCAGAUGAAGCUACACAUUUACUUCCAGCUGUAUUAGCAUAUUAGGCACUAUUAGCAGAAGUACCAUUACAAAUUCCACAGUCAGAGUCUAUCCACAAAGUCGUUGAAGGUCUACUAGCUACACAACUUGCUGAUGAAGCAACACAGUUACUUCCAGCUGAAUUAGCAUAUUAUUAACUACCAGAAGAUGUACCAUUACAUAAGCCACAGUCACCAUCUGUCCAUAAAGAUGUUGAAGGUCUACUUGCCCCACAACUAGCUGAGGAAGCUAUACAUUAACUUCCUGCUUAAUUAGCAUAUUAAGCACUACCAGAGGAGGUACCGUUACAUAAACCACAAUCACCAUCUGUCCAUUUAGAAGUAGAAGACCUACUUGCACCACAGCUGUCUGAUGAAGCUACACAUUAACUUCCAGAUAAAUUAGCGUAUUAUGCACUGCCAGUGGAGGUACCAUUGCAUAAACCACAAUCUUUAUCUGUCCAUUUAGAGGUUGAAGGUCUACUUGCUCCAAAACUAGCUGAAGAAGAUACACAUUAUGUUCCUGCUGUAUUAGCGUAUUAAGCACUAGAUGAGGCGCCAUUACAUAAACCGCAGUCGCUAUCUGUCCAUUUAGAAGUCGAAGGUCUAGUAGGUCCGCAGCUAGCUGAAGAUGCUACGCAUUUAUUUUUUGAUAUAUUUGCAUAUAUGGAUUACCAGAAGAAGUUCCGUUACAUAAGCCGCAAUCAGUAUCUGA